CCGUGCGCGUGCGGUGCAUUUUAAUCGAGUCGCGCUUCUGUUACAAGCUUGUAGCUUAUUUAUUUGAAUUACGCAACAAGUUUAAAAAAAAAAACCAAACAAACCAAAAACAGCAAUGUUUCCGUGCACAUGCGCGAGACCAGGAGUGCGCCGUGUGAUGAGUUUUCCUCCUCUCUCUCCUCUGGGGUCUCCCAUCAGGACUUUCUCUGUAGGUCGGAGCCGACUCGCGUGGGGGAAGAUGGCCGAGAACGAGGCGCUCAGCCAGCGCAGGAAGGUGCUCACUAUUGACACGAUGAACGCCAAUGUGAAGAAGGUGGAGUACGCGGUGCGAGGACCCAUCGUGCAACGCGCCGUGCAGCUGGAGAAGGAGCUGAGAGAGGGAGUGAAGAAACCCUUUGACGAGGUCAUCAAAGCUAACAUCGGAGACGCCCAUGCCAUGGGACAGCAACCCAUCACCUUCUUCAGACAGGUCUUGGCACUGUGCUCGUAUCCAGAUCUGCUAGAUGAUAACAAGUUUCCUGACGAUGCCAAAGAUCGUGCACGGAGCAUUCUGAAGGCGUGUGGAGGAAGCAGUAUCGGUGCAUACACUGCGAGUCAAGGUAUCGACUGCAUCAGGCACGACGUGGCCUGCUACAUUGAGCGCCGUGACGGCGGGAUCUCCUGUGACCCAGACAACAUCUAUUUGACCACAGGCGCCAGCGAUGGCAUCGUCACCAUGAUGAAGUUGCUGACAGCAGGUGAGGGUCGCACCCGUACAGGUGUGAUGAUCCCGAUCCCUCAGUAUCCUCUGUACUCGGCCACGAUAUCCGAGCUGGGCGCCGUGCAGAUUAACUACUACCUGAACGAGGAGAAGUGCUGGAGUCUGGACAUCACCGAGAUGCAGCGCUCCCUACAGGCCGCCAGAGAGCACUGCAAACCCCGGGUCCUGUGUAUCAUCAACCCAGGCAACCCAACAGGUCAGGUGCAGAGCAGAGAGUGCAUCGAGGACGUGAUCCGAUUCGCUGCCAAGGAGCAUCUCUUCAUCAUGGCUGACGAGGUGUAUCAGGAUAACGUGUACGCCGAGGGCUGUGCCUUCCACUCUUUUAAGAAGGUGCUAUUUGAGAUGGGCCCUGAAUUCUCCAACACAGUGGAGCUGGCCUCGUUCCAUUCCACCUCCAAGUGUUACAUGGGAGAGUGCGGUCUACGAGGCGGUUAUAUGGAGGUGAUCAACAUGGACCCGGAUGUGAAGGCUCAGCUCCUUAAGCUGGUGUCUGUGCGUCUGUGUUCUCCUGUGCCAGGUCAAGCGCUCAUGGCCCUGGUGACCAACCCUCCUCGGCCUGGAGAGCCAUCAUACGCUCAGUUCAUGAAGGAGCGCACGACCACGCUGAAUGACCUUGCACAGAAGGCCAAGCUGACUGAGGACAUUCUGAACAUGGUGCCCGGGAUCAGGUGCAACCCCGUGCAGGGGGCGAUGUACUCGUUCCCUCGAAUCAUGCUGCCCGAGGGCGCCGUAAAAGAGGCUAAGGAGAAUGGUGAGGAACCAGAUAUGUUCUAUUGUAUGAAGCUCCUGGAAGAGACUGGGAUCUGUUUGGUCCCUGGCAGCGGGUUUGGGCAAAAAGAUGGAACGUAUCACUUCAGGAUGACCAUCCUACCACCGGCUGCUAAACUCAAGAUUUUGCUCAAUAAAGUGAAGGAGUUCCAUCAGCGAUUCACCAAGCAGUACUCUUAAUAGGUCCUCUCAACUUUCUCAACCGGGUUGGCCAGCCAAGUGCCUGAAGCUGCCAUUUCUGACUCCGAAAGUGUAAAAUCCCAUUUUCACAAACUGGUUUUUGCACACUGAUGUAGCAAUGGUUAACUAGAGGGGUUAGAUUAUUAGCACUACAUGUGAAAAGAAAGUUUACUUUCUAAAAGUCUGAUUUAUGAAAUAGUUGAAAUGUGACAAAUGACAAAAUUGUGUAUGGAAAAUAGUGAGUGCGCGUGUGAGUGCGCGUGUGAGUGCGCGUGUGAGUGCGCGUGUGAGUGCGCGUGUGAGUGCGCGUGUGAGUGCGCGUGUGAGUGCGCGUGUGAGUGCGCGUGUGAGUGCGCGUGUGAGUGCGCGUGUGAGUGCGCGUGUGAGUGCGCGUGUGAGUGCGCGUGUGAGUGCGCGUGUGAAAGGACUUAACCAAGUAAUUACUGCUGGACAAAGCCUAGUCUUGCAUUUUAUAAUUAAUUUAGGAUGUAAUUUUAAACGUUUUAUCCUGUUUAUAUAAACAUUUUAAUUAUUUUAAUUUCUAAUAAAUCCGAUCAUUUUACAUGAAA